AUGUCAAAACUAAAAAACGCUCUUUUCCAACUCAACCCUCGACACUUUGUAGCCGAAAUCAUCUUCUUUAUCUUCAAAAUCGGAGAGUCAAUUUUGGAGCCGGCGAUGAGGCUUUACAUUUACAAUCAGCUCUGUUUGCGUCUGCUGCCGGAAGCUGGUGUGGCCGAAAACGGCGACGUCUGUGGCGAAGCCUCGUCUAGACCGGAUAUCGAAGAUAAAUUGCAAAAAGAGACAGCAGUCUACCUCACCCUCUACCGAAUCAUCCUCAACUUUCCCGCCAUCAUCCUCUGCCUCUUCUGUGGCUCGUGGAGUGACCGUGUGGGCAGACGGCUGCCCAUCGUGGCCAGCAUCUUGCUGUCCAUUUUUGGAGUUGUGCUGUUUGUUGUGUCCUGUUACAUCCCUAUCAGUACUUCGAGUAACAAAUAUUACGGUAUAAAUAGUAGCAGGACCGCUUUUAGUGGCGGUCUGAUAGAAAAUUAUGGCGGGAAGUUUGGCGGGAACGUCUGGAAGAUCAAUGCUUUGAUUGACAGUGGCGCGUUGAACAGUGCAGCAGUUGCUAACAGAAAGUACGCCAAAGAAAUGAAUAAUUAUGAUAAAAUUAAUCAAGUCGUGAUGAGAUUAACUAGCAACAACAACAACAACAACAACAGUGUUAAAAAUAGUUACCAGAAUAAUGCCAUCAACGACAUCAGCAACGUAAAUGAAAAACACGAACACAACAAUAACAACAACAACUUGUUCAAUAACAUCAACUCAGACAAAAUCAACAAAACCAAAGACACCCCAACAAAAACCGACAUUAAUCUUAAUUCUAACAUUUAUAACACACAUCCAAACAGCUUACAAACAACAACAGCAACAAAACACAACAACACGCCAAACAACAACGAAACAUCUUCACGAAAUACAAAACCCACCAAAUCAACCUCUCCACAAAUCAUCUUCCUGAUCCUUGUGACGUUCGGAACAUUGCUUCGAGGACUUUCUGGUAAAUCUUCCAUCGUCACCAUGGCUGUUCACAGUUACGUAUCAGACACAAACACAAGAUCUGCAAGAACUGAAAAACUAGGACGAUUAUUAUCCAUGAAUUUUUUUGGCCUCUUCAUCGGCUCCCUACUUGUUGGACUCUUACUGGAAGGGUUUGAAUUCGACAUCGUCUUUGUCGUCGUCAUCCUACUCUAUCUCGUCUGCCUGGCCUUUGCUUACCUCUUCAUGAUGAAGAAGAGUCAAAGUGAUGAUGAUGAUGUUGAUGGCGGUGGUGAUGCUAGUUAUGACUGUUGUGGUGAUGGUGAUGAACCUGGUGAUAAUCCUGGUGAUGAUCCUGGUGAUGAUGGGCGUGGGAAUUGGGAUGAGGAAAAAAGAAAACAAAAAUGGAAGAAUGUAUCUGACAGGAGAAGAGGAUCAAACUUGUUAGUAGUUGUUGGGCUGAUGUUCUUCGUUGCUUUUUCUGAACUGAAAUUAUUUUUUUUUGUUGACAGGUCAGUUAGGACUACAACUUCUCAAAUUGAUGAUGUGGGAAACGACGAAAUCAACCGCAAAAAGGAUGAAAUUGCAAUCGAGAACCAACUACGGCAGCCACAACAUCCACCAGAGCCACAACAGCCACAAGAUGAAUACGAACACAAACAAAAUGAACAACAACAAGAUGAACAAAAACAUGACCCAGACAUAAAAACUGAUAAACUGACACACGAACCAAACUCGGAUCUGAAGCAUUCAAACCAAUUUAACAAUAACAAAAGCACUAACAAAAACAGAAACUGCUUCAAGUGGCAAAGUAUUUUUGAAAUCUUCAUCCUCAUUAUCAACCUACCGAACAAAAAAAUUAUCUUCUUCAUCUUCAUCAUCCUCAUUCACCAGCUUUGUAAAGCCGGAGAGGUAGACGUAACUUUACUUGUAACGUUGAAAUCACCACUCUCCUGGUCGAAAUCGGUAUACGGAUAUUUCUUGGCAUGCGAUUAUUUGUGUCUCGGUAUUGUUACAGCCCUGUUACUGCCGCUCUUGAUCAAAGUUUGUGACGUCAGAGAUGAGACUCUUGUAAUUGUUGGAGUGGCUUUUAAGGUUGUACGCUUGAUAAUGAUGACACUCGCAACGAACACCACCUUAAUGUUUCUAUCGGUUAUCGUCGGCUCGCCAAGCGCCCUUAUCAUAUCCUGCUUGAAGUCCGUCGUCAGCAAAUCCUUCAGAGAUGGAGACCUCGGUAAAAUAUUCGCACUACUAUCCGGAUUCGAAACUUUUUCAAAUUUAAUCGGUAGCAUCAUCUUCAACUUUCUGUACGUCAGCACUGUUGAUAUUCACAGAGGAUUCACUUUCCUGAUCGACUCGUUCGUCUUUUUCAUCCUACUCAUUGGCUUGCUGACCAUCGAGUUUACUUCAAACAACAAAUCAGACAGCAACAACAAUGAGGACGCCAAACAGGCAGGCAUUAUUCUCGAUUGUUCUUUGAAACCGUACAAAAAACUUAACAAACUGAAAAUCUCAAAACCGGCAAAAAAUGACGAAUCGACAACAAUAUUUAUUGCCGAUCUCGGUAAAAUUCCGUCGAAUUCAUACGGAGCUCUGCAAACCGUCAAAUCAACCGACCCGCCGAGUAUCGUCAUAUCGAAGUAUUCGGAUGAUGCCGCUGAAAGAAGGGAGGGACGGCGGAGGAGUUCGUUCAUCGACAUCGAGUCUGUAAUCGAAUCAAAAUAA